UUAUAUAAUAAAUAAUCAUAUUUUCAUAUAUAAACUUUUUAGAUAAAAUUUAGAGAACGACGAUAUGACAGCACUAUAAUAGGAAGUAGAAAUCCUUACAGAAAUUGAUCAUCCUAAUGUUGUAAAAUUAUUCGAAAUAUAUGAAGAUGAUAAUAGUUUUUAUAUGGUAAUGGAAUUAAUGACAGGAGGAGAAUUAUUUUAACGUAUUGUUGAAGCCGAGCAUUUUUCAGAAAAACAAGCAGCUGAAACUGUAAAAGCAGUAGUUGAUGCACUUCAUUAUUGUCAUGAAUUAAAUAUUGCUCAUAGAGAUUUAAAACCUGAAAAUUUGCUUUAUGCAUCAAAAGACCCAGGUUCUGUAAUAAAAAUAUCUGAUUUUGGUUUGGCAAGAUUUAUCAAUGAUUAAACAAUGACUACUAUGUGUGGUACACCAGGAUAUGUAGCUCCUGAAAUCAUUCAUGGAAAUGGAUAUAAUAAAGCUAUUGAUUAUUGGAGUUUAGGUGUUAUUCUUUAUAUUAUGCUUUGUGGAUUUCCUCCAUUUUAUAGUGAAAAUAAUGAUGAAUUAUUUGAAAUUAUUGUAAAAGGAAAAUUCGAUUUCCCUUCUCCUGCUUGGGAUACUAUUUCUAAAGAAGCCAAGGAUUUAAUUAGAGGAUUAUUAACUACUGAUCCUUCUAAAAGAUGGAGUUAUGAGAAAAUUAAAAAUCAUCUUUGGUUAAAUGGAAAAAAUUCAGAUAAAAGCAUUCCAGAUAUUUAAAAAAAUAUUAAAAACUUUUCUGCUUCUAAAUAAUUUAAAAAAAUCAAAUUUGUAUUGGAUGCUGCACAUAGAUUAAAAAUGUCAAAGAAUUGA